AUGACAGCAAAGUGUGACUGGAGAGAGAGCGAUUUCUGGUUCCCAAUUGAGUCCUCUCCCACUUGUCUUACACCACAGAGUUCCAAGGGGCAUUCUGCAACCUAUGACCCAGAAUCUAAACGAAUCUACAUCUUUGGAGGAAUAAAGGAAGGAGUGCGUUAUAAUACUGUUCAUGUCCUUGACACCAUGUCCUGGAAGUGGUCCUUAUUGCAGGCAAAGGGGAAGAUUCCAACACUAGCUUAUCAUAGUGCUGCCAUCUACCAGAAGGAGCUGUUUGUUUUUGGAGGUCUUUACCCACAACCAUCAUCUGAUCUGGAAGCCUGCAGCAACACCCUGUACAUUUUUAAUCCAGAGUAUGAGCUUUGGUAUCAGCCCAUCGUAGAGGGAGACAAGCCAUUGCCUCGAUAUGGGCACUCUGCUACUUUGCUCAGAAACAAAAUGGUGCUCUUUGGAGGAAAGCGAUCUUCUAUAUACCUAAAUGAUCUGCAUAUUCUUGACCUGGGUUUUAUGGAGUAUACAACAGUGCCUAUAUCCAAGUCUGCCCCUUCACCACGCUGUUUCCAUGCUGCAGUUCCUGUGGCUGACCACAAAGUCCUGAUAAGUGGUGGCUGCAGUGGUGCUGGAGUUUUGAGGGACGUAAUGACCUUCAACAUAGACACUGCUCAGUGGAGUCAGGUUCCUAGUGGAGGCUUCAGCUGGGUAUCACGGGCAGGACAUGCCAUGAUAAACAUAACCUCUGCCCACCUCACAGACUCUGACAAGGAGAAUCCUGGGAAAAGAAAUUGUUGCACUCUUCUUGUUUUUGGUGGAUCAAACUGUGCUGGAACAUUUUUUGAUGAUACUAUAAAAAUUCAGCUAGACCUAACAGAGAGAGAAGGUGAAUUCAGCAAUAGCAGCAGCAGUAUUCAAUGAAAAACAUGAAUGGAAGAAAGUAUCUGUCAAGUGGUAGUUGUAAGACUGAAGCAGCGAUGACAAUACAUAAGAAAACGAGCUUCACUUGUAUUACUCACUUAAGCCUGACUCUUUACUAGUUGGGUCAUGUAUAGUUAGCGUCUUACUAAAAAUGAACCAUGCACUUUUAUGUCUUUUGCAAGUUUUUGUAUAAAUAUAUAUCUUUUAGUGUAGUUUUCAAAUGUUUGUCUUUAUAAAAUCAUUGAGAUAACUUGAGCACUGAAGGUCUUUUCUAAUGGGCAGCUUGGUGAUGGGUCACACAUACCUAAUGUUUAUGAUGUUGGAAGGGAGCUAGAAUGGAUAAGCACUUUUACAGCACCAUACCAUAGAAUAUGUAAAUUUCUUUGAAUGUAGCAAACAAAAUGUAUUAUCCUUACACCUACUUUUCAAGUGGAAAUUUUUUUUUCUAAUUCUACAAAGUGUUUCUUAUUAGUUACAUUAAUAUUGUUUGCACCUGAUGUGCUUCGGAAAAAUAAGCUCUUGGUCCACUUUAUCCUCAAUUUCUUGUGAGUGAAUGAAAUAUUCCAUUUCAUUCAAAUCAAAUAUUUCCGCUUUCCUUUGCUGUUUGUUACAAGGCAACCAGCUUUAAAGCAAGCCCCCCAAGACAGCAUAUUUUCUUGCCUUGGAUCCAUCAGUAAUGAUUUCUUUGAAUAGCUAUUUUGAUGACAAUGACUGUGUUGCUUGUAUUUGUGUUUGUCACUAUGUAUAAAUGGUUCUAAUUUAAUGUUACAAUAAAUGUUGUACAUAGUUUUAA